CAAAGAUCUUUCGCAUUCCAUCCAACAUUUAUUCACAAUUUCACAUCAGUAAAAGGGCAUCAAUGUUCUAUCAGGUUAGCACAGUCCACAGCAACUUGUUUGCCCGUAAUACAACACCAACUACAGCGUGAAGGCAAAGACGUCGUAUUUGGCCCAUUAAAUCAAUAUCGUAUGUUUUCGACAUGCAAGCCUUCUCUUAGCCAGAAUAGUCACAGCAAAAAAGCUAGUAGCAACAAGCAACAACAACGGCAACAGCAGCCACGACAGCGACAAGAGCCUUUAAAAGUGAAUGCACGCACCAAAAAGAAAAAAACUGGGGAAGAAGCAGCAAAAGGAAAAGCGACUGGCGUUGCAGAACAAAAUGUGUCUAAAACAAAGGAUACGCAACUCCAUGAAGUAUUGACACCAUUAACAACGAUAACAGGACCAUCAUUGCAAAACAUACACAUUGGUCAUAUCGCUACUAAUCAUGAUACAGAGAAUACAACACCAAUCUGGGCUCCUAAAGUAUCGGACUACAGAUAUUCCAGGACACCACCAGGUCAGGAUCUAGAUGCAUUACAAGAAUUGGUCGACAAGCUUCUGCUCACAAACUCCACGACUGCGAAACGAGCCUUGCUGAAAGAGUAUCCAGGACCAGCACCACUUUUGGCAUGGAUCUAUGACCCAUCACGACAAUUCAAUGUCUCCUCAGCUAGACUUGUUAAAUAUGCAAAAACGCGAACGAAAGAAGUGCGGGAACAACACAACGAAGCAAAGGCUCUUACACCGCCAUCCACCCAAGGCUUCAGUAGUAGUAGUAAUAGCAGUAGUAACGGUAGGGCUAGUACUGAAUCGCUAAGAAGAGGAAGUGGCGUCUAUGACACGCUCCCUGAAUUGUUGAAUGCGCUUUCAACACGGGCUGUUUCUGGACAUGCAGCUCUAGAUACUAUCCUGUUGUUCAUGCGACGUUUCUGUACAACUGACAAGGAUCAGAAUGGCUCUACGACUGAAAUCCAGAGAAACGAUGACAUCAACGGGACAUUAGCACUAUUCAAUACAUCACGGUCAAAACUUUUAUUCCGGAUUCUCGAUAAAAACCUCAAAGCUGGGUGCAAUGUGAACUUGAUUCGAGAUGCAUAUCCGAACCUGAUCCCAGGAUUUCAUGUAGCAUUAGGACAUAGCCUUUCAGGAGGACUUGAACAGGCACGACUGUUGUUCAAGGUGGUUAAUUCAGAUACAGUAUCUACGCCUUCACUUGGAUCGAAUGAAAAAGGAAAAAGGGAAAAGAAAAAGACAAAAGCAAAAAAAAAACAGGAAGCGGUGUCAUUUACCGAUAAGGCAGAAGUGGGGAUGGAUGGAUGGUACGCAUCUAGAAAGUUGGAUGGUGUACGAUGUUUGAUCCGAAUCGAUCGAUUAACAGGUGAGAUUGAAACAUUGUCACGGACUGGAAAAGCGUUUGAGAGCCUAGGACCACUUCGAGAGGAGUUACGCCGUUUGCUUUCUUCUUCUACUUCUUCGUCUUUUUCUUCUUCCAUUAUAAAGGAUUCGAAAUCAGAACAUCAUGCUAGUAAUGGUGAUGAGAUACGCAGAAGGGAGCGAUUCUUUGAACGAGCAUUAGGUUGGAACAAAUCCUUAAUGAACAUCGAUAGAGGAGGACAUCCAAUAAGGAGAAGGGAGCCAUUACCAGAAACGUUGAUCUUGGAUGGUGAGCUUUGUGUCUUUUCAACAGAUCCAGCAUUAAUACCAGAUACUGAGAUCAAUAGUAAUCUCAUGAGCUCUGCUCAAGGAAAUGAGGACAGCGACGAUAAUAGCAACUAUACGAGUGGUAGUAUUGAUCUCGCAAACAUCGGGAGCCCUGACGAUGAGCUAGGCCAGGAACGCUUCUUGAAGGCGGUCAGCGUUGCGAAACGUGGAUGGGAUGGUCAAAAGAGCUUGCUACUCGAUGGCAAUGAUGAGGGCAAGGACAAAAAUGAUGAUAAUAAAGAGGACGGGAAGGAACAGAACAAACAAGUUGAUAAGGAAAAGGAAAGAGUUCAUGAAAGUUUAGAGCUAGAACGUACUAUGGAAGAGGGUAGUUCCUCUAAAUGGCUGCUGCCUAGAUCAGAUGUGGUUGUUUAUUGUCUCUUUGACUGUUUGACCGGCGAGGAGUUCCAGGAACGGAUAGGGACAAGACCCUUUUCAGAACGCAUCAGAGGGAUUACAGAAGCUUUAGAGAUGGAGAAGGCCCAUCCUCACCAGCGUAAUACUGACGAAGGGCCUCAGGCUAUGAACAAUGCAUCGCUACCGCCAUCAUCUCCAUUGAUCCGAGUAUUGCAACAAACUAGGAUCAAGGACUUUGAACAGUUGGAGGCGAUGGUUGUCAAGGGCAUGAAGCGUGGAUGGGAGGGAGUGAUCCUACGAAAGGAUGUCGGUUAUGAGGGCAAACGAAGUCGCAAUUUACUCAAAAUCAAGCAGUUCCAGGACGCCGAGUUUAUUGUCCAAGAUGCCAUGCUCGGAUCGAUGCGCCUGGCUGUGAAUGGUCAAUUCGAGGAAUUGGAUAAUGUCUUGACAAACGUUGUGAUCCUACAUCGAGGGAACCGUGUCCGAGUUGGCUCUGGAUUUUCAGCCGAGGAAAGAAUCCGAUAUGGAAAGGAUCCAAGUUUGAUUGUGGGGAAAACAAUUACAGUCAAGUAUUUUGAAGAGAGUAAGACACAAGCAACAGCAACACCUUUGCCCUCGACGUCAUCGCCAACAUCACUACGAUUAUCAUCUGACAGCCAUACAGUGACUGAGGCUGGAGCUGAAACUGAGAAUGGAGUUGGAGUGAGCGAUAAGGUGAAUAGGGUACCACAGGAGGAGAACGAAAAUAGGCGUGAGAGCCAUGGUGAGAAUAUGAGUAAUGGUCAAGUUGUAAAGGGUGAGGAUAGUUUCGUUUGGAGUCUACGGUUCCCGACGGUCAAAAUGAUAUAUGAGGAUGGUCCACGACAAAUGUGAUCAAUUUAUAAAGAGUUUUUUUAUUAUUAUUUUACUUUAACUU